AUGGUGCUCGCGAGCGGCUGGAUGCUCGACUGGACAGCUGCGGUGGGAAUCUGUUGGCUCUCAAUCCUUGAACAUCAGAAGUCUCUACGACCAUCGACACCGCUCACCCUCUACAUCCUGGUCUUGAUCUUGGACGAUGCAUAUUCGCUCCUUACAGCCGGUGCUACCGGUUUGCGCUGUUCCAAAGCUGUGCUGUCAGCAUGCCUGUUCAUGCUCGAAUGUCAGAGCAAAAGCAGCAUUGUGCGAUCACAGUAUCGCCAUUUCUCCCCCGAGACUCUUGCUGGGCUAGUCGAUCGAGCAUUUUUUGACUGGAUCAAGCCGAUCCUCUCCACUACCAGCCCAUUCGUCGUUCCCCCCAUCGAUGAAGCCUUCUCAUCGAACAUCCUGGCAGCACAAGCGAUACAAGACUGGUCUCGUACAACUAGGGAGAAAUAUGCUUUGCUUCAAUCGCUCUUCCGCGUCCUCUGCUCCCCCUUUCUUGCCGCCGUUCCCCUUCGUCUGGGUCUGAUCGCGUUUCGAUACGCGCAGCCUCCCCUCAUGGCCGUCACCGUCGACUUCCUCCAUCACCCUCGCUCUCAGAAUGCAGAUCAUUCCCCCGCCGUGAUCACUCUCGCAGCACUAUUCAUCUACACUGGACUAGCGGUAUUCAAUUCGACCUACCGACACCAAAUCGAUCGAUUGGCAGUUCUGACUCGAGGCUGCUUGAUCGGCCUGCUCCACCACAAGACACUGCACAUCCAUUAUGCCGUCACCAAGCCUGACGAUGGCAGAGUCAUGGCGCUUCUCAGCAACGACGUGGAAGCCCUUAUUCCGAUCGCAGAGAUCGCCCACGACACCUGGGCAUACUUGCUCGAAGUCGUAGUCGGCAUGGUUCUGCUUUCACAGCGGAUAGGCUGGGUGAGCGUCAUGCUGCUCGUCGGAAUCUUCGCUUGCUCUCGAGUGAGCCGAUACGUUGCCCGACACCUUCACCCACGCCAAAAGCGAUGGAAUCAGGCUACUCAGCAACGUCUUGCCGCCACAAGCUCGGCACUGAGCGCACUGAGAAGCGUUAAAAUGGCAGGGGCAACAAGUCUGUUACGCCGAAAUAUAGUCCAACUCCGUCAACAUGAGCUCUCGGAAGCAGCAGCUCUCCGUUGGGUCCAAGUCUUUUACAACGCAAGCGCCAAUGCGCUUGGCAUCUUUGCCCCUGCUCUCGUCUUUAUGACUUUUGCGCUCCUGGCUUCGAGUCGCCAUACGUUUGUCUUUGAUGCCAGCACCGCCUAUACUACCAUUGCUAUCCUCGCCAUGGUGACGCACCCGGCCAACAUGGUCAUGACCGUUGUACCGAAAGCAAUUGGCAUGAUGACCAACGUAGAGCGGCUCGAAGCCUACCUCAACGAGCCCGACCGAGAUCACGACAAACACCGCUCGGGAGGGGACACAUUGGUGCAAAUUAUUAAUGCGUCCUUCUGUGCGGGUUCGGAAAAUACACCGGUCUUGAACGGCGUGGACUUGGUCGUUCAACGCAACACGAUCGUUGUCUGUCUCGGCCCCGUUGGCUCGGGCAAGACGAGCCUGUUAAAGGCAUCACAGGGUGAGCUCAAGUGUGCCACGGGCGACGUAUGGCUGUCGUACGAUCGCAUCGGACUCUGCAGCCAGAUGCCUUGGCUUCCUCAAGGCUCAGUCAAGGACGCCAUCCUCGGACCUACGAAAGCUGGCGAGGAUAUUGAUCACGAAUGGUAUCAGGCUGUACUCGGUGCCUGUUCUCUCGUUUCCGAUCUGCAAGAGUUACCUCAUAGGGACCAGACUGAUAUUGGCAGUCGGGGUAUCAAUCUUUCUGGUGGGCAGCGUCAACGAGUGGCCCUAGCAAGAGCCCUCUAUGCCCGUCCUCACUUACUUCUCCUCGAUGACCCAUUCAGUGCUUUGGACGCCAAAACCGAAACCACCAUUCUGCAGAAUCUGUUCGGUAGGAAUGGCUUUUGUCGACAAGUAAAAGACUUGACGAUCAUCAUGACAUCUAACAAAGUACGACAUUGCACAUGGGCAGAUCAUGUCGUUUUGCUUGAACAUGGUGAAGUCAAAAAGCAGGGUAGUUGGCCCAAGAUGCAGAGCGAGUACGGCGCAGACCUCACUGUUCUCCAUGAUACACAUCCCCAGUCUACUCAUGCGACAGCAAUCAGUGAGAUCAGCUCGCCGAGUGCUCUACAAGUCCGAUCGACGUCACCUCGAAGCAGAAACGGACAGCCAGGAGGCUUCGAGGCCUGCAGAUACUACAUUGAUGCAGCUGGCAGGACGAAUCUGUGUAUGCUGGUCGGUUUCACCGCCACGUACAGCUUCUGCGUAACAUUUCCGCAGUACUGGCUGAAGUGGUGGACGGAGUCAGUCGGGCACACGCUCUACUACACCACGGGGUACAUGACUUUGUCGAUGCUGGCGUGGCUUGCCACCAAUGGCGGCAUGUGGACUACAGUCAUACGGAUGGCUCCAUCUUCGGGAUUUGCGUUGCAUUCUCUGCUUCUCGACACCACUCUGGGAGCCCAUCUAUCGCACUUCUUCAGCAAGGAUCCGGGUGCCUUGCUCGAGCGCUUUGGUCAAGACAUGCAACUCAUCGAUCGGGGUGUACCUAGCUAUCUCUCCGCACUCGCAGUUCAGAUCUUCAAACUCACGGUACAAUCGUAUCUGCUCUUCUCCGCCAACCAGACCCUGGCAAUGACUAUCCCAUUCUGUGUGAUUGUUGUUUGGGUCAUCCAGAGACGCUAUCUACACGCCUCCCGCCAACUUCAACAGAUCGAGUCCGAGGCCCGUUCGGCACUGGCCUCAUCGUUCAUCAAUACGGUGGAAGGCCUGUCCACCAUCCGCGCCUUCCGAUGGGAAAAGGAGUAUGCCAACAUAAACGCUUCUCGCCUAGAUCAAUCGCAACGCCCGUGGUACAUCUCGAUGUGUCUUCAACGGUGGCUCAAUGUGGUUCUCGAUCUAUUGAUGGCGUUCGUGGGCGUGGGCGUCGUUGUCAGUGUAGUCUAUUGGAGUUUCAUUCAAGACGAGGGUCAAGCAGGCAUUGCGCUGAACAUGGUAAUCGUGGCGAACACCACGCUGCUGCGUGCCGUGGAGAACUGGACAACGCUAGAGAUCUCGCUUGGAGCUGUGACACGACUCAAAGCUGCGGUGGACAGCAUGCCGAAGGAGGACAGAGCUGGUGAGGAUUUCAUUCCUCCGCGGGAAUGGCCGAGUGCUGGGAAAGUUGUGUUGAAGGACGUACAAGUGUCGUACAACACCGAGAGUACGGCCCUCCGUAAUCUCAACAUGACCAUCAACGCCGGCCAGAGAGUUGUGCUCCGUGGUCGCACGGGCAGCGGAAAGUCUACUCUCCUCCUUGCACUCCUUCGCCUGCUCGAGCUCGAUAGAGGGUCCAUACUCGUCGAUGGUAUCGACUUGUCCCGAGUUCCUCGCUCCUACAUUCGGGAACACUGCUUCAUCACCAUCCCCCAAGAUCCGUUUAUCAUUCCGGAAAGUAGCCUUCGAUCUAACGUCGAUUUGUCUGAAAAUUGUACGGAUGAACAGGUCAUGGCUGUACUGCGUGAUGCCCAGCUAUGGCGAGUGCUUUGUCGGUCCAAUACCUCUGAACGCGGCAUUCUUGCCACUCCGUUGGGAGCAUUGCCUCCACUCACGCCUGGACAGUGUCAACUUUUAUCUGUUGCUCGCAGCAUCCUUAAACUUCAAGAGCUUUCUCGAACCGACACGAAACCAAUCGUUCUUCUGGACGAGGCGACAGCUUCCCUGGAUGCCGGGACCGAACAACUCGUCCAUCAACUGAUCCACCGCCAUUUCACGGAGAAUGGGCUGACGGUUAUCAUGAUAUCGCACAAAAUUGAUGCUGUUCUGCCGAAGGCACUGCCCGGCAUCGACAGGGUUGUGAAUAUGGCGUUUGGGGCGGUUGUAUGA